UCCACGCUCCACGCUCCACGCUCCACACUCCACGCUCCACGCUUCUUGCUCUAUGCCCAACAGCAGAAUGGCUAAACCUCUGAUCACUGAUCCAUGAGGCUUCUGUCACCCUCCUCCCGCUGACUCGACCCAGCCAGACGGCCAGCCACCCAAAGACAGAUCCACUGCUGCCCACAGAAGACACCACUCUUUUCUGGGGACCCUGUUAAGCUUGAGCCCACUGCACUAGGAACCCUAGAGUCCCAGCUCCGCCCCAGGGACGAUGACAAUGACCUUCAGGAUGAAGCCGCCACCCUCCCAGGCCUUCUCCCAGGACCUGCCUGCAGCUUCAGCGUCUCCCGGCUUGGGCAGCCACGCCCCGCCCAGGAAUUCACCACCCACUGGCACCUAAGUUGCUGGCGGCUGCAGCUCGUUCAAGCUCUCAGGUGUUCACUCCGCAGCCAGAGCCCUGCCAGAGCCACCGCUGCGGGUACCAGAUAGGAUCACGGCGGCGCUGACCCACCAGAGCCACCUGAACCCCCUGGACCGCUGGCCCACCCGAGACCACAUGGAGGCGCAGGGACACGAAGACCCGGGGGGCGCGCUGCGGGAACUGGCAGAAAAUCUAUUUCAGGAACUUCAAGAACAUUUUCAAGCUCUGACUGCAACAUUAAACCUCAGAAUGGGAGAAAUGGGAAACCGCCUCCAGGACUUGCAGAAGAAUGUGAAUGCCUUAAUGGUGCAAGCUGGGAUCAACAAUGCUAUCAAAGAACAAACGACAGGAGUGAGCUCUCUGGACACCUGUGACCCGGGUGAUGGAAUGUCAAUGCUAAUUGAUGCGAAGCACACUGUUCACUCACCUUGAUGCCUCUACAAGGGACCCCAUGAAGAAUGUCUGUUUCCCACUGUUACAGCUUUGGUUACUCGGCUCAGACUUGACUCUGACAUGUGGCAACCAGCAGGGCAGCUGCCAUGUCUGUCUGAGCCCCCCAUGUUUCCACUGCCCAGAAUGCACUACUAGUAAGCUGCCUGUCUAGAAGCAGAUGGAGCCCUAGCCACAGCCAGCGAGUAGAGGUCUCAGACUCACGACCACAAAACGGGAUUCAGCCAACUACCUAGGUGAGCCAUAUGGCUUCUUCCCCGACUGACUGCCUUUGAGAGACUCCAAGGAAACCUGCAGAACCUGCCCGGACUAGGACCUGCAGAACCCUGAGCUCACAAAUGGUGCUUUCUGCCACAGAACUUGUGCUAACUUGUUCCACAGAAUAUGAAGCUAAUACACACCCUAUACAGUCCACCUGGACCAUCCUCACCAACAGGGGCUCUACUUGUGAAGUGAACAUUAAUAUUGCUACCCACCAACUUUUGUAGUAACAGUAACUAUGAAAUUUUGGCAAGUAUAGCAAUAUUAAAGGGUUAUUUCUUUCCUAAUUAA